AAAUCCCACAAUUACUAACAUAACCGGUAGACGCUACGCUACGCUACCGCUUGUCUUAGCCUUAUCAGUGAAAUCUUUGCAAAACCGGGGUGGGGCGUGGUGCUAAACAGGCGAUAAUGCCCAAGCGAUUACCUAACCACGUUAUUCUUGCCAUAGUGUCCUUUUUCAAAGACGGACACCGCAUUCAGGACAUUGCCAAGAUUACGGGAGUGAAAGUGAGAUCGGUGCGGCGGUGGGUGAAGCGGUACCGUGACGGGAACUGCCCAAUCCCUCUCUCCACCACCGACACCAAACGUCCCAGGGUGAAGUGUCGGACACCUGCCACCAAUCACACGACCCUGACCAUCAUCAAGGGACACACAGACAGCAAGCCGCGUCAGCCACACAAACAAUUAAAGGCAGGAAGUCCUCAGUCAGGGGCGGUGUCUGUGAAGGGACAGGCACAGCGGCGCAUUCACGAUUUCCUGAGCUACGGCAGCGGCUGGCCCACCCGUGCAGGCCCGGGUUUCUCAACACCCUGCCUGAGGCUGCCUCUGCUGAACAAUAAGAGGCGUGAAAAUGACGUACCGCAUCUGCCAGCUGACUUGCUGCGGGGACAUUACACGAGAGACGGCAGUUCCCCACGUGUCCUGAAAUCCUCCAAGAUCCGAGGGCAGUACAAAUGGAAUUACACCCCAGAGCAAAGGAAGAGUGCAGUAAAGGCAGUGGUUGACGGGGGCUUGUCGCUGUGCAAGGCAUCUCUCAUAUAUGGGGUGCCACGAGGCACUUUGUGGAAUGCAAUCUUCCCAAAACAAUCAUCGGCUCGUUCUGUUACUGUUUCCUCCUCCUCUUCUGCUUCUUCCUCCUCCUCCUCCUCCUGCUCCUCAGGUGCAUCGAGGAGCUCCCCCUACCCACUGCGGCGUCACUCGGCUCCCAUGGAUUCAUCACGCAGUCCAAAUAAUUCUCCGUACCACUUCAGGAAGCAUCUCAAUGUGAGGCAAAGUGUUCUGGCAUCCUCACAUGGCAAGAGUCCCUUGACCAGCCGCAGCAAGGGCUCUGUUACUGCUACUCCCACCAGCAACAGUGCCACCUCAACAGAAGCCCUCCAGCGUGGAAAGAGUGCCAAGGAUGUUGGGCGGAGGAAGGUGAGGGGCCGGCCCCGGCAUAGAGGCAAAGCAGAAUAUAGAGGCAGUGCGUGCUGCUUUUGUGGCAGUGCGGAGGACAACACUGUGCUGCUGGGCAAGAUGUGCCACAUGAGGGACUUGCAUGUGCAUUACUAUUGUUUGCUGUUUUCCAGUGGGCUUCCACAGAAUGGAGAGGAUGAUGAAGGCAUUUUGGGAUUCCUGGAGGAUGACAUUAUGAAAGAAAUUUUGCGCGGAAAGAAGUUGAGCUGCUCGUAUUGCCUGCGGAAGGGAGCUACCAUAGGCUGUGUAGAAAAGAAGUGCAAGCGGACGUACCAUUUUCCUUGUGGCCUAAAAUAUAAUGCGUUGUGCAUGUUCACUAAUGACUACCGGUCCUACUGCAGCCAGCACCGGGAGUACCAGUCUGGUGUGGGUGUGGGCCAGAUCCACCAGUGCCCCAUCUGUCUGGAGACGCUGGUGGCAGACCCAAAGCGGGCUCUGUGGGCACCUUGCUGCCAGCGCAACUCUUGGUUCCACAAAGUGUGCCUUCAGACUCUCGCUCUCAGUGCUGGCUAUUUCUUCAAGUGUCCACUGUGCAAUGACAGAGAAGUCUUCAUGCCAGAGAUGAAGAAGCAAGGCAUAUAUGUUCCUGAACAAGAUGCCAGUUGGGAGUUGGAGCCAAAUGCCUUCAAUGAGUUGCUGGAGCGACCAAUUCACUGUGAUGCUGCCAAGUGUGCCUGUCCUAAUGGCCGGAGUGCGGAUGUGGAUGGAACGUGGUGGGAGGUGUUACUGUGCAGCCUGUGUGGCUCUACAGGUGUUCAUGUGAGGUGUGGUGGCCUGCCCUUCACUGCUAAGUCCUGGAGCUGCAGUGAGUGUCUCUCAACCACCGGUGCCGUCAGUGACACCCCGUCUGACACACCUGCCAGGUCCACCCGCCACUGCACCCGUCGUGCUAGAGAGGCUGGUGAGGAGGAAGUAGGUGGUGAUGAUGGCAGUGUGUCUCCAAAGAGAAUAAAGCUUGAAAAGAGUAAGGAAGCAAGUCCCCUUGAAGCAGCAGUAAGAGAUGGUGAUUCCUCCAGUGUAUCGCCAGACACAGUGUUAUGGAAGCUGGAGGAGCUUGGAGAGGAGGUACCAUUAGUCCUUCAACAACUGAAGGAUAGGGUUCGACUUGCCCAUGCCAGGAUGAAGGAGUUGAGGCUAACAGAGAGAGAAGUCGUGAGGGCGGCUCAGCGAAUCAGUGCCACUGCCGUCACACCAGGACAGCAGCCACUUGUUGACAGAAAGGCCUCUUCACCAUUCUCCACCACAUCACACACUCAGUCCACCUCACAGCCUCCCAAACUUAGCCUCUUUAAAAACCAAGUUCUCCAUGAAAAAGGUCAGCUCACUCUAGUAGGGAUGCACCACAACCCUGCUCCUGCUGCAGCUCCAGCUCCUUCCCCUGACACUGAUCAAACUGACAAGCCUCCCUGUCAGACGUUUUCCCUUGACAAAGCACAUUUGCUGGCACUGUGGCGCUGUGCUCUGCCAGUGGCACGCAUCGAGGAGGUUUUGCUCAUUUUGGAGACUGUUUUCAGUGAGCGAGAGGCUGAAGUAGCCAAGGCAGCCAUCACUCGUGCCUCACGCCAGCGUCCGUCCCCACGCACCACACCGUCACGCAAACACACUCGUGCCACACGGUGCAUUGCACCCACCACCAACACCACUCCUUGGAAAGCUUGGCCAACCACCCACUCCCCAGCAACACCACAGAGUACUUCAGGGAACCCCACAGUACUACAGAAUAAAUCACAGGAUCCUGCAACACCACAGAGUUCCAUGAAGCAGCCUAUAGUACUGCAGAGUUCCUCACAGCAGGCUGCAACACUGCUGAGUCCCUCACAGCAGCAUGCAACACUGCAGAGUCCCUCACAGCAGCCUGCAACUUUGCACAGUCCCUCACAGCAGCCUGCAACACUGCUCAGUCCCUCACAGCAGCCUGCAACACUGCUCAGUCCCUCACAGCAGCCUGCAACACUGCACAGUCCCUCACAGCAGCCUGCAAUACUGCACAGUCCCUCACAGCAGCCUGCAACACUGCAGAAUUCCUCACAGCAGCUUGCAAUACUCUUGAGUCCCUCACAGCAGCCUGCAACACUGCAGAGUUCCUCACAGCAGCCUGCAACACUCCAGAGUCCCUUACAGUGGCCUGCAACACUGCAUAGUUCUUCACAGAAGCCCCCAACACUGCAGAGUCCUUCACAGCAGCCUGCAACACCACCAAGUGCCUCACAGCAACCUACAACACCAAGUGCCUCACGACAAUCUACAACACCAUUAAGUGCCUCACAGCAAUCUACAACACCAUUAAGUGCCUCACAGCAACCUACAGCACUAUCAAGUGCCUCACUGCAGGCAGCAACACCAUCAUGUGCAACACAACAGUCAGAAACACCUUGCUCACGAACAUUUGGGACACAGUGCAGUGAGUCGCACCAAUUUGUUACACCACACAGUGAGUCCAGUCAUCCCCGCACACCACACAAUGACGUGCUCCAACCCAACACUCAACAGGACAGCUCUCCAUUAUUCAUCAGAAUGAACCGUGGGUUGCAUUGGUCGGACGCCAUGCAUAGUGAAACACAGAGGGAAGUGCAGGAGUCUUGUGUGACAGCCACAUCCCACGUCACUUGUGUUGGAGUCUCUGAGGAAUCCAGUCAACCAAGGAGUGCAUGUAGGCGACUGUUGCUCCAGCCUAGAACCAGCAUCACCACCAGAAAUUCCAAGACAGAUAACAAGGACUCAGCUGGCUGUGAAGAGGAUGCCACAGGGGACACUGCCUCUGAUAGAGUGGGUCCACCAUCUCUUGCCAUCACUGUGGAGGACCCUGCCACCACCACCACCACCACCACCACCACCAACAACAACAACAACAACAGCAAUAGAGCAGCUGCCUCUUACACACUGCAAAUGACUUCAACCUUCACCGCCAGUGCUUUUCCUCCUCCGCCUCUUCACCACAAGGUUGAUUCAUCUCCCCCUCCUCGUUCACUUAAUUCUUCAAGAACUGGUCUUCCUCCUUCCUCAAAAAAAAGUGCUCCUCCUCCUAAUCCUCCUCGUCCUCCUUAUUCUCGUCCUCUUCUUCCUCUUCCUUCUCUCUCUCCUCUUCUUGAUCUUUCUCUUCAAUACACACCCUCCUCAUCCUCUUCCUCCUCUUCCCUUGUUGCCUCCAACCUCCUUCCCACACUCUCUCUCAGGCAACAUUUAUUUCAUCCUUUCAUACAAUACCCUCCCCUUCUCCUUGCUCUUCCCAGACAUUCCUCUUUGCUUCCUACUCCUCCCAGGCAUGCUUCUUUGCUCCCUGCUCCUCCCAGGCAUCCAUCUUUGCUCCUUACUCCUACCAGGCACCCCUCUUUGCUCCCUGCUCCCCCCAGGCACCCCUCUUUGCUCCCUGCUCCCACCAGGCACCCCUCUUUGCUCCCUACUCCUCCCAGGCACCCCUCCCCCAUGCAACCCUACUUUUCCCUUCCUUCUCCAUCCCUCUUUGUCUUCCAUAAGUUCUUUCCUCCAUCAUACUAAAAAGUCUCCUUUCCAUUGUAUUCUUUGUAUAUCUGUGUGUGUGUGUGUGUGUUCAUUUAUCUGUCUAUAUAACUAUUUGUCUAUUUUUAUCUACAGUUUUACAAAUGGGUAUAAUAUUGAAGAAUUUGAUGUGUGUAGUCUGGACCUACUCUGUUGUGAAUUAUCUUUGUAGGAACUCAAAGGUUUAAUUGGUCAUUGUACAUUUGGUGCUUGGUGUGUUUAUUCUUCCAAGAUGUUAGUGCAGGAAUAUCAGCAAGUCAGGAGUUCAUCGUAGAAGCUAAGUAACCUCCUCCACUCACCUCCACUGUGCUCUGCAUCUUGCUUCAGUGAAGGCCCAUGACUGUCCAUCAACAAAACCUGAAGACUAGUACCUACACUUUUUAGCAGAUCAGAGUCCUAAAGAUAAAGGAAAACAAGAAGCACAGUGGAAGUGAUUGCAGAAAGUGACUUGGUCUUUACACACAUUGCAGUUGACUAGAGACUUAAGCAGAAAUGUGAAAGAUUGAGUGACAGCAGAAUGAACUUGAAUCUGCAGUAUUUGACUUGGUGUUUAUUGAAGGCCUAUAGGUCUGUGUUUCAAUCCUUGGUAUACAAGACAGCAGCUGUGAGAGCUUUCUAAUGGAAUAGAAAUAGUCAUCACAUGAAUUAGAAUGCACUGCAAGUUUCAUACAAGAUUUCCCAAAGAUGGUGAUGGAUUUGUCAGAAUGCUCUGUUGGGAGGUCAGCUUUGGAUCAAAUGGGCAGAGAGACAUGGCUGCUGGAACUCUCACUAUGAUAGACAGCUCUUUAGAAUGUCUGAUAUUCUUUAUUCUUAUUCUUAUUAUGUAUUUAUUUACUAUUAUUAUUAUUGAUUUCUUUAAUGUGAAAUGAGCUCUGGCCAAGGACAAAAAAAAUAGUGAAAAAAAAAGACCCAUUGAAGAUACUAAUCAAUAAGCCAGCUGUGAAUGAAUCUCAGUGACCACAAUGGUGAUGCAAAUUCUUGUGUGAGUGUGUGAGAUGUUUGCCUGUGUGAUUGGCAAAUAUAAAAAUAUGUUUCAAUACUAUAACUGUAAUUGUGAUAAUGGCACCACAUGUCAAGGAGAUUUGCUCCCUCUUUGAUAGGUGUAAUGGGACACUGGUGCUUUACAGGCCAUAGUGAUCACAAUGCCUGUGUACAAGUGUUAAUGUAAGUUAUAUUUUUGAUAAAGCUUGUUGUAUUGCAGUGGUGUUGGUUGUUAGUUGUAUAGUGUUACAUUACAAAGGGUUUUAAAAUAGCAACUAUUCAUUCAAGAAGCUCAGUACCACAAACUCUGCCUUCAUGGUGGGGCAUCUCCUUGGAGUGAUGUGGGGUGGGAUGUUUGUCACUGCUGCUCCUCUGUGCUGCCUUCAUGGUGGGGCAUCUCAUUGGAGUGAUGUGGGGGUGGGACGUUUGUCACUGCUGCUCCUCUGUGCUGCCUUCAUGGUGGGGCAUCUCAUUGGAGUGAUGUGGGGGUGGGAUGUUUGUCACUGCUGUUCCUCUGUGCUGCCUUUAGCUACUUGGACUAUAGUCAUUGUAAUAAUAUACAAAUCAUUGGCAUCAAAGAAAAUACGGAAAGUGAAACUUAAGAACAAACUGUGGUGCAAAAUAUGUAUUACCACAAGAUUUCUGUUUAUAUUAUAUUUGCUUGUAUCUUUCUUUGUUUCUGUAUGUUGUUGAUGUAAUGUUUCUCUCUUAUAUAGUGCCUUUUUUAAUGUUGUGCAUGAUAUUUUAGUUAUGGUUGCCUUGUGGGAUUGCCAGCCUGUUAUAUAUUGUAGAUAGAUUUCAUAUUCUAGUUGUUCAUAAUAAGUUACUUUCAUGAAUGUAAGGGUGAGUAAAGCUUUAUGAAUAAUAGCAGAAUGUUAGAGAGUGUCCAGUCAGCAGUCUAGACCACCACCUGUCCAAUGCUAGCAUGUCUAUGUGAGUACAGGAAGCAGAGUGUUUCUUGUCUUGGUCCAUCACACAGUACUGAUGCACUUGAAUACAUGUAUACCAGAAUCUU